AUGCUCGCACGCACAACACGAAACGCAGCACGCUCACUCGCACACGCUCACCGCGCACCACCAGCAGCAGUAGCACGAUGCUUCUCGUCCUACAUCGAGAGCGAGAACCCCGUCUCGCUGUACUCGCUCACGGAGGAGGAGCGCAUGCUCAAGGACGUCGUCAAGAAGUUUGCGGACGAGGUCGUCGCGCCAAAGGUUAUCGAGAUGGACGAGAACGAGAAGAUGGACCCCGAGAUCAUCAAGGGCCUCUUUGAGCAGGGCCUGAUGGGCAUCGAGACGGACCCGGACCACGGCGGCGCCGGCGCGUCGUUCACCUCGGCGAUCCUGGUCAUCGAGGAGCUCGCCAAGAUUGACGCCUCCGUCUCGGUCUGCUGCGACGUCCACAACACGCUCGUCAACACCGUCUUCCGCAAGUACGCCAGCCAGGCACUCAAGGACAAGUAUCUCCCCCAGCUUUCCGAAGGCAAGCUCGGCUCGUUCUGCUUGUCUGAGCCGGCAUCCGGAUCGGACGCGUUUGCGCUCAAGACGACGGCCAAGAAGAGCGAAGACGGCUCGUACUACACCCUCAGCGGCUCAAAGAUGUGGAUCACCAACUCGGCAGAGGCAGAGGUCUUCCUCGUCUUUGCGACGCUUGACCCGAGCAAAGGAUACAAGGGCAUCUCGUGCUUCGUCGUUGAGAAGGACAUGGGCGUCGAGAUCGCCAAGAAGGAGAAGAAGCUCGGUAUCCGCGCGUCGUCCACCUGCACGCUCAACUUUGACGAGGUCAAGGUCCCGGCGGAGAACUUGCUCGGCGAGGAGGGUCUCGGCUACAAGUACGCCAUCGAGAUCCUGAACGAGGGACGUGUCGGUAUCGCCGCGCAGAUGGUCGGUAUCGCGCAGGGCGCGUUCGACAAGGCUGUUCCCCCGACGUUUGAGCGGAAGCAGUUCGGACAGCCUGUCGGCCACUUCCAAGGCAUGCAGAUGCAGUUCGCCAAGAUCGCCACCGAGAUCGAAGCGGCCCGCUUGCUGACCUACAACGCUGCGCGCCUCAAGGAGCAAGGACACAACUUUACAAAGCAGGCGGCGAUGGCCAAGUGGUAUUCGUCGGUUGUGGCGGAGAAGGCGGCGAGUCAGGCGAUCGAGUGGGCGGGUGGACUUGGGUUCACGCGCGAGGUCGGCAUCGAAAAGUACCUGCGCGACUCGAAGAUCGGCGCAAUCUACGAAGGAACCUCCAACAUCCAGCUCAUCACCAUCGGCAAGCUCCUCACCAAGGAGUACUCGUAA